AUGGAAGAAAUUAAUAAAAACAGGAAAAACGAAAGAAGAGUAGUUGAAUGCUUUGAUACAUCACAUAAUUCAUGUCCUUCAAAACAACAAACAAAAAACAACCUCUCAAUUAAUUCCCCCCACAUACACAAACGUCGCCCUCAAUUAUUACAUACUUUCGACGGAAUUUUACAACAAUUAUUUUCACUAUAUACUCGCCAUUUACUUGUUGAUUUUUACCCUUUAUUUAUUUUAUUUCCAAUUUUAUUAACGAUAUUUUUGGGUUUUGGAUUUAUUUGGAUAGAACAAUUGACUAUUUUGGAUGCUAAACUGUUAUAUACACCUAAAAGUGCUUUUAGUUGGAAAGAGGAAGAAAUAUUUUCGAAGGCAAAAAUUUUUUGA